GAUGGUGAACUGUGUCAACUUUCUGUCGGAGAGAAGUAUCUUCUCAACAACGGAACAAUACAUCUGCUUGCUCAGCAACCCUCUACAAACGCUACGGAGUCAGGGGCUGUUAUCAUCGUCUCUAUCACCUUUGCAUCAGGAGCAACUGUGUCAUUUGACGUCCGGUACUCACCAAAGAUGGGCCGGCAGUUUGUAAACAUUCUGUUCAGCCCCACUGCCACGUUCAAGGGCACAACGGAGGGGCUGUGCGGGCUCAUGGAUGACGAUGAUGCCAAUGACUUCACUGGUCCGGGCGGCACUGUGUACAACGUCAACGACUCUUCGGUAUUUGCUGAAACCUGGCGUAUAAAUCAAACUCACUACGGCUCUGGUCUGAUGGGGUCCUGGUCAUGGAACUCUUCUAACUUCCAUCCUGAUGAUGUCAUGGAUCCUGCCUACUCUGACCCGGCACACCGCCCUUCUGUGGGCAUAGAUGGGCUGACACAGGAGCAAAAGGAAAAAGCUGAAGAGAUGUGCAUCGCUCUCGGGUUGACCGGCAUUCUGCUGAAUGAAUGCAUCUUUGACGUGUCGAUCACCAAUGACACAACCUUCACUGAGCAGGAGGCUUUUAAAGGUUGCCCAAACCAGUGUUCAGGUAGGGGUCGCUGUGUAAACGGAACCUGUGACUGCAUAACGGGCUGGUCUGGUGAAGACUGUAACCAUGGAAACUGCACAGACUGCUCCGAGGAUCACGGCAGGUGUGAGCUGGGGUUCUGUAGGUGUGAGCCCGGAUGGGAGGGAGCAGCCUGUGAUCAACAAGCUACAUGCGACGCCCUACGAAACUGUACCAGCAAGGACCACGGGAUCUGCAUAGGCACAAAUGUCUGCUGGUGUAAACCAGGCUACAUCGGUGAAGACUGCAGCAAGGUACCCACGUGCGGAAACGUUGCUAACUGCACAGACCACGGAGUUUGUGUAGACUACGACACCUGUCUGUGUGAUAAGCAGUGGACAGGUGACAAGUGUGACCAGUUCUCGUGUGCAGCAUUGGAUCACUGCUCUGCCCUGUGCCACAACGCGUUGCAGCAGGGGGGCUAG